UUUUGUGAGCCUUAGCGAUGUGCAUGUGGCGCAUGUGCAGGAGAGGGCGAUUUGGUCUCAUUUAGCAUCUAAUCGCUGCGUGUAACAUUAGGUUUUCGAUUUCUUUUUCGAUUUUAAAAUCAUGAAAGGCUGGUUCUGGUUUCCGUUGGCAUAAAAGCAUGUGGACGCACGUAAGCAAGCUUCUCAGAGAACUUCGCUUCACUUCGCGCCCUUAAGAUUGGAUCCAUAUGGGCAUCAAUUAUCAAAAGCAAUCAUCAAAUAAUUCAAUAUUUGAAAGAAGACCACGUGUGUGCAUGUGAAUAUUGAAAGGCAGAAAGAGCAAAAAGAUAAAAGAAAGAAUUUUUAUCUCAGAUGUGGCAAUUAGUGGGUUCAGACUUCAGAGUCUCAGACCAUGAUUGAUAAUGCGCAGGUCUUACUGAUCCGUUGAAUAAGCUGCAAGAUUGGAAAUUGCGGGACGAGGCACCAAGAAAAAAUGCAGCGCACUGUAACUGGGUUGGCAUCUCAUGUAAUGCUGCUGGAGCUGUUGAGAAGCUUGAUCUAUCCCACAUGAAUCUCAGUGGCAAAGUAUCCGAUGAGAUACAAAAGCUACAAAGUCUCACUACUCUAAACUUAUGUUGCAAUGUAUUCUCCACAACAUUGCCAAAAUCUGUUGCCAACCUCACCACAUUGAGAAGUCUUGAUGUCAGCCAGAAUUUCUUCGUUGGUGAUUUUCCAUUAGGUCUUGGAAAGGCACCACGACUAGUGAUUUUAAAUGCAUCCAGCAAUGAUUUCUCAGGUUUUGUUCCUGAGGACCUUGGAAAUGCUUCUUUCUUAGAGACGCUGGAUCUCAGAGGCAGCUUCUUCCAAGGGUCUAUUCCAAGAUCGUUCAGCAGAUUGCAGAAGUUGAGGUUCCUUGGUCUUUCUGGAAACAAUCUCACUGGAGAAAUUCCAGGAGAUCUGGGACAGCUUUCCUCACUGGAGUAUAUGAUUCUCGGGUACAAUGCAUUUGAGGGUGGGAUUCCUAGAGAGUUUGGAAAUCUCACCAAUCUCAAAUAUCUUGAUAUGGCAGAAGGCAAUCUUGGAGGUGAAAUUCCAGCUGAAUUGGGAAACCUGAAAUUACUUCGCACGGUUUUCUUAUACAGAAACAAUUUUAAAGGCGGAAUCCCUCCUUCUUUGGGCAAUCAGACUUCGUUGGUGUUGCUGGAUUUCUCUGAUAACAUGCUAUCAGGAAAAAUUCCACCUGAAAUUGGUCAACUGAAGAAUUUAGAGCUCCUCAAUUUCAUGAGCAAUCUUCUAUCUGGUCCUGUGCCUUCUGAACUUGGGGAUUUGCCUCAAUUGAAGGUUCUUGAGCUAUGGAACAAUUCUUUGUCAGGAACAUUGCCAAAUCGCCUGGGCAAUAGUUCGCCAUUGCAAUGGCUUGAUGUAUCAUCCAACUCUAUAGCUGGUGGGAUUCCAGAAACAAUUUGCGGCCAGGGCAAUCUCACCAAGCUUAUUCUUUUCAAUAAUGCCUUCACAGGUCCAAUCCCAGUCAACUUAUCAUUGUGCCCUUCACUGGUUCGUGUCCGAAUUCAUAACAAUUUACUUAAUGGGACGAUUCCAGUUGGUUUUGGGAAGCUUGGGAAUCUUGAAAGGUUAGAAUUGGCUAACAACAGUCUCACUGGUGAAAUUCCGAAUGACAUUGCUUCUUCCACAUCUCUUUCUUUCAUUGAUUUCUCCAGAAACAACCUCCAUUCUUCUCUCCCUUCUGCUAUUCUUUCCACUCCGAAUCUCCAAUCAUUCAUGGUCUCCCACAACAAUUUGGAAGGUGAAAUCCCAGACCAAUUUCAGGACUGUCCUUCACUCGGUGUUCUUGAUCUGUCAUCAAAUCGUCUCUCUGGAAGCAUUCCUGCCAGCAUUGCUUCUUGUCAGAAAUUGGUUAACUUGAACCUAAAAAACAACCAGUUGUCUGGUAAAAUCCCGAAGGCACUUGCCAACAUGCCUUCAUUGGCCAUUCUUGAUUUUUCCAACAACUCUCUGACCGGUGAAAUACCUGGUAGCUUUGGUAUUUCUCCUGCUCUGGAGGCUCUCAAUUUCUCGUAUAACAAGCUUGAGGGUCCUGUCCCCACAAAUGGCAUGCUUAGAACUAUUAACCCAAGUGAUCUUGUGGGUAAUGCAGGCCUAUGUGGUGGCGUCCUUCCUCCAUGUGGCCAAAACUCUGCAUAUGCAUUGAAGCAUGGAAGCUCACGAGCAAAACACAUAAUCACAGGAUGGGUCGUUGGAAUAUCAUCAGUGUUGGCCAUUGGGAUUGCCAUUUUCGUUGCUAGAUCUAUAUGCGUGAAAUGGUACUCCAAUGGCUUCUGCGUUGGAGAAAAGAUUUAUAAGGGUGACAAAAGGUGGCCGUGGAGAUUGAUGGCAUUUCAGAGGCUUAAUUUUACAAGUACUGAAAUUCUAGCAUGCAUCAAGGAAACAAAUGUGAUUGGAAUGGGAGCAACUGGUGUUGUUUAUAAGGCUGAAAUAUCGCACUCAAAUACAGUUGUGGCAGUGAAAAAAUUGUGGAAAUCUGGAUCUGAUACUGAGGUAGGAAGUAGUGAUGACCUUGUUGGAGAGGUAAAUCUGUUGGGUAGGCUAAGACAUAGAAAUAUCGUUAGAUUACUAGGAUAUCUUUAUAAUGACGUUGAUGUUAUGAUAGUUUAUGAAUUUAUGUCUAAUGGCAACCUUGGAGAUGCCUUGCAUGGCAAACACGCUGGAAGGUUGCUUGUAGACUGGGCUUCUCGUUAUAAGAUAGCUCUAGGAGUUGCACAAGGGCUUGCUUAUCUUCAUCAUGACUGUCAUCCACAGAUCAUCCACCGAGACAUCAAGUCUAACAACAUACUGCUUGAUGCAAAUCUUGAGGCAAGGAUAGCAGAUUUUGGAUUGGCCAAAAUGAUGAUCAGAAAGAAUGAAACAGUCUCCAUGAUUGCCGGGUCCUAUGGCUACAUUGCCCCGGAAUAUGGAUAUACCUUGAAGGUGGACGAAAAGAUUGACACUUACAGCUAUGGAGUAGUUCUGUUGGAGCUUCUCACAGGGAAGAGGCCACUGGAUUCUGAGUUUGGAGAAUCUGUGGACAUUGUUGAGUGGAUUAGGAGGAAGAUUAGAGAUAACAAGCCUCUAGAAGAAGCAUUAGACCCAAGUGUAGGAAACUGUAGGCACGUUGUAGAGGAGAUGCUUUUAGUUCUUAGAGUAUCACUUCUUUGCACAGCCAAGCUACCCAAAGACAGACCCCCCAUGACAGAUGUGAUAAUGAUGCUUGAAGAGGCAAAGCCUCGGAGUAAAAGCGAUCGCAACAAUCAAAAACAUGAACCUAAUAAGAUGAUGUCAGUUUUUAGCACAUCAUCACCUGUUAGUGGCCUUGUGUAGGAACCGAAAAUGGAGGUUGUCCAGGCCAGCAAUCUGAUUCUUCCAUUGUAUUUAGAUCUGUAUUUUGUUUAGUCUCAUGUAAUUUUAUAACCACUGGUUCAUAUUUUUUUUUCCUAAGAGGCUUUUGAUUAUCAUCAA